AUGCAAAGGGGUGGUGAACAGGACGGAGAUGGGCAACCAGUAACACCCACAGACACAGAUAAGGAUUCUGGUACAGACCAAGACAAUGAGGCAAAAGAGGGCCACCGAGAUGCCCGGAAUAGCGAUAAACAGAACAAGGAUAGUCCUAAACCUGAUGACGAAGAUACGGGUGCUGCUGGCCAGGAGACCAAGGCCAAACACCCGUACGUGCACACGUACGACCACAACCACACCACCGGCCCCGACAGACUCAUACGUGACGAGAGCUAUGUGCUCAAGGCUACCAGCACAAAGAUAGUCCUCACAGCACCCACUCCCAGCGGACUGUUCUAUGGCAUUCAGACACUCCGACAGCUGCUGCCGGUCAGUGCACUGGAGACGACGUAUGCACACCGCACGUCUAUUGACGACAGCGUCAACGCCAUCUCAUCGCCUGACUAUGCCAUUCCCUGUGUGAUCAUUCGUGAUGCUCCAGCCUUCCACUACCGUGGUGCUCACUUGGACGUGGCACGGCACAUGACAGAUGUACCGAACAUCAAGCGCUUCAUCGAUCUCAUGGCCUUUCAUAAGCUCAAUGUGCUGCAUCUACAACUCACCGACGAUCAAGGCUGGCGAUUCGAGGUCAAAUCGCACCCGAAACUGCACCAGAUAGGUGCGGUCCGAAAUGAAACGGAGGGGGACGGCAAGAGAUACGAUGGAUACCUGACACAGGAGGAGUGCAAAGAUCUGUGCACAUACUCCCCGAAAUAG